GGGGACGCGGUGAUGGCGCGGUGGCUGCAGUCCGCGGGGCUGCAGCACCUGGCCGUGUCUUCCUCCGCGACUGGGCCCGGCCCGGGGAUGGCCGCAGACCUCCGCGGCGGUGCCGGCAUCCUCCCCAACCUUCUCAUGCAGGGGUAUGGGCCCCAAUCGAUUGAAGAAAAACAAAAGCUUUACAUGCUAUUAAGGAGCCUAAAUUUUAAUGGCGAAUCAGCAUCUGCACCUAUAUCUGAGCCAUACACGCCAACAGCCCAGAGCUUAGGUGGUCAUUCCAUCGAUGGAUUCUAUUCACCCGAACUUAGAGGUGAAUUCGGAGCUGGCCUUUUGGAUCUUCAUGCAAUGGAUGACAGUGAGCUUCUUUCUGAGAAUGUAGCAUCAGAACCGUUUGAAGCCUCACCCUUCGUGCCAAAGGAAACUGAUGACGAUGAGGACGAUGUAAUGUCAGGAAGCCAGCAAGGUCUAUCAGAAAUUUACAGCGGUGCAAUCACCAGCGAAAAAGAGAACAAUACUAGAGAAAGUAAUGUAGCAAAGAUUAAAGUUGUGGUGAGGAAGAGACCUUUGAACAGAAAGGAGAUAUCUCGAAAGGAGGAGGAUGUCAUAGACGUACAUAAUUCUCAGUUCCUGACUGUUCAUGAACCUAAACUAAAGGUGGAUUUGACUGCUUACGUGGACAAACAUGAAUUCUGCUUUGAUGCUGUCCUGGAUGAGGCAGUCACUAAUGAUGAGGUGUACCGGGAGACUGUGGAGCCCAUUAUACCAAUAAUUUUCCAAAGGACGAAAGCAACAUGUUUUGCUUAUGGCCAAACAGGUAGUGGCAAGACGUAUACAAUGCAACCCCUACCUAUAAGGGCUGCACAGGAUAUGGUCCGUCUUUUGCAUCAACCUGUGUACAGGACUCAAAAUUUCAAGUUGUGGCUUAGCUACUUUGAGAUAUAUGGCGGGAAGCUAUUUGAUCUUCUCAGCGAAAGGAGGCCACUCUGCAUUAGGGAGGAUGGGAAGAAACAGGUCUGCAUUGUUGGUUUACAGGAGUUCGAGGUUUCUGAUGUCCAGAUUGUCAAAGAAUACAUUGAGAGAGGAAAUGCCUCGAGAAGCACAGGAUCAACCGGGGCCAACGAAGAGUCAUCACGAUCUCAUGCAAUUUUACAAUUAGCUGUGAAGAAGCAUAUCCCAGUGGUAGAGACCAGAAGACAGAGAGAUCGUGAUGCGAAUGAAGCUAAAAGUACGAAGCUUGUUGGAAAAUUAUCAUUUAUUGACCUUGCAGGAAGUGAGCGUGGUGCUGAUACAACAGAUAAUGACAAACAAACAAGAAUUGAGGGCGCAGAAAUAAACAAGAGCCUUUUAGCUCUCAAGGAAUGCAUUCGUGCACUGGACAAUGAUCAAAUACAUAUUCCUUUCAGAGGAAGUAAGCUAACUGAGGUGCUUCGUGAUUCGUUUGUUGGCAACUCUCGAACAGUCAUGAUUUCUUGCAUCUCACCGGGUUCAGGUUCAUGUGAGCAUACACUAAAUACGUUACGAUAUGCUGACAGGGUUAAAAGUCUAUCGAAAGGUGGCAACUCGAAAAAGGAGCAAUUCACCGGGCAGUUUGUGUCCUCCAGCAAGGAAUCUACCAACACUUCAUACCCAUUAUCAGCUGAAGGUGAAGAAACUAUGGACCAGAUUCAGGAGAACAGGUAUAUUGAUGCUUCAAGGAAAGUUGUUGAAAUUAAUGCGAGUUCUUCAGUGGAUCCUGAUAGGAACUCAUUUAGUAUGAUUCCAAGUUAUCCACAUAGAGGAAAAGAAGAAACUAGUUCAACAUCUGCUUUGAAUGAUAGGGAGAGAGUUGAUUUGAAAUCCAACCCAACUGGUUAUAGUAGUAAAGCACAGUCACUUCAGAAUUCAGUUAAUUCACAAGAGGAGGAUAAAGUUACAAAAGUUUCACCUCCUCGGAGAAAAGCUAAUAUAUCAGAGAAAUCUGAACGGCAGAGCAACUAUGUGAAAAGGGAAAAUGGACCAGAGUUAAGUCGGAUUGUCCAUAAACAGCAACUGAAACAGCAGCAGCAGCAGCAAAGACCCUCGUCUACCUCAGCAUCACAGGUUUCAUCGAAACAAUCUGAAAAGGAAAGUUCAUGUGAUGAUAUGGAAAUAAAUGCAAUACUCGAGGAAGAGGAGGCAUUGAUAGCAGCCCACAGAAAGGAAAUUGAAAACACUAUGGAAAUAGUGCGGGAAGAGAUGAACCUCUUAGCAGAAGUGGACCAACCAGGUAGCCUUAUUGACAAUUAUGUGGCACAACUGAACUUUCUCCUGUCACGGAAGGCUUCUGGCUUGGUCAGUCUCCAGGCACGCUUAGCAAGGUUUCAACAGCGCCUGAAAGAAGAGGAGAUCCUUAGCCGUAAGAAACCAUCAAGAUAGUUUAACCUGAAAAAUUAAAACCAUUUGGUAUGUCAUGAAUUGCAAUGAGCUCUGAGUGGGAGGUAUGUUUUAUUCUGAUCUCCCGUACGAUCACACUUCACUUAGAAGCUCGAAGAACUCGAGAAUGAGUAACAAACCUGAGAUGUUGGCAGGUUGUGCAGGCGCUUUGGUUUGAGGUUUUGCUCUUUUUUUUUUGCCUUCAAAGGUUUGUUUCAUUGUUUUUCUUGGUAGUGGCAUGGAUUGUCAUCAUUGCCACUUUCUUUUUGUAUGAAUAUAGUUCAACUGAUGUUUGAAGAUGAGGAAAUUAUCAUUGUACCUCGUCAACAUAGACAACAUUGUUGUAUCAUCUGUAUCAAGAAAAGGUAGCAGGCUGUAAUAUCUUCAGAAGUAUUUUAGUGGCUUUUAACUGAAUCGUGCACGGUUUGUCAUUCAUAUGGUGGCAAGUCUUACGAACUGUACCAUCCACGGACUUGAUUAUCGAACACUGGAAAACUUGAAGAUUUGGGCAUUCAGCCAUCUAUUAAGUAUUAUUGAUAUACAUAUAGACGUAUUGUUUAAUGUAUAAGAUGUACAACAUGUACACAAGCACUUGACGAAAUUUGUACAAAAAUGUGUCACAUUA